CUGGUGUUCGUCGUAUUCCGACCCGGCCUGGUGUCGGCAUUGGAGGCCGACACCGGAGAGGUCGUGUGGUCGCGUCGACUGGGAGCGGCCUCGCUACCAUCACCCACCAUCGCGGACGGCCGGCUGUACGUGGCCGAAAGCGACAAGAACCGUCUGAUCGCUUUGGAUGCCGCCAACGGCAAAACCCUGUGGGAGUACCGCCUCGGGGACUGGGUCAUCGCGCCGCCAGUCGUGAUCGACGACAAGGUGAUCGCCACGGCCAACGACGCCAACGUACAUGUCAUUGACGCCGAAACUGGGCGGCGGCGCAUGAUCUAUGACGCCGGUCGGUCCCGUUGGGUGCGCGGCGGCCCCAUCGCCACCGACGACCUGCUUCACUUCAGCAGCUUCGGCGGACGGGUCUGGGGCAUCGACUACCAGGGACACCGAUACCCGCUGGAGCGGCAGAUCCUGUACUUCCGAACGCUGAUGUGGGUGUGGGGUUUCGUGAAACAGGGUCCCGUGCAGCAGGGAAACGUCUGGACCUCGUGGAGCGUGGACGACCAGCCCUAUCAACCGGCGCUGUCGGGCACAACCCUCGUCGUCGCAGACGCCGUGGGUCCGGUCACCGCAUUGGACUCCGUCGACGGUUCAGUGCUUUGGGAGAUCGAUAUCGGGCGCGGACAUCACGGCCCCCGCCACUACCGCGGGGCUCGUCGCGUUGGUGGGCGACGAGCUCGGCCGCGUAACGGCCCUCACGAUCGCCGAUGGUUCGACCGAAUGGACAACGACUCUGGAUAG